CGUAAUUGGCUCAUAAGGACAUUUCCACCUUGGGGGGUAUACGAAGUAUCCUACUCAUACACAAGUUCUAACCGUUGACCAUUGUGCUUGCAUUGUUGCCAGGAUACUAAAGCUUAUAAAUGAGUGAAUUGAGAGUAGCUGAGAGAGUGAGGGGGUAAAUGUCUAUUAUGGGUUUGCUUCUAUUACAUUAUAAGUAACCUAGAGGGAAGUUUCAAACAGCAAAUUUCCUUCUAUUUUCAAUGAAUGAACAGUAUAUAUAAUUAUCUAUUACCUUGGAUAUAUUUAUUAGAUUGUCGUUCUGGAUAGUAGGUCUCGCUCAACUUGCUAGGGACUUUGCUCUCCGUAAUUGCAAGAUUAUUAGCAUGUGAGUUGCCAUUCGAAUGUUGUACAAUACCCCGCCACACUGAUGUCUAGACGGAUUAUCAAGUCGUUCGGGAACCCCUCACUUGCUAUGCUGAGUUUAUACAAAUUGCCUAGGUACAAUUUAAGUUCCGGGCACCUAGGAAGACUCCAAAAUGCUGGACAAGAAGGUUAACGCCGGUGCUGUACAUGCUGCGCCGGUAUACAUGGACAAGACUGCCACCUUACGCAAAGUAAUCACCAUCAUCUCCGAUGCAGCAGCCGAGUCGGUUGAGCUUCUCGCUUUCCCCGAAGUGUUCGUACCCGGAUUUCCCUACUUUACCAACUGUUACGCGCCCGACGCUUCGACCGUGGCGCUCUACGCCGCGCAGAGCGUCGUGGUUCCGGACGACCUCGUCGACGUGCAAGCUGCCUGUGCGGAGCACAACAUGGUGGUAGUCUUGGGCAUUUCGGAGCGCAUGCGCGAUGGGUACACGCUGUUCAAUAGCAUCGUCACAUUCGACGCGGAUGGCACCAUUCUGGGAGUUCAUCGCAAGGUCCAACCUACAUGGGCCGAGCGGCUUGUCUGGGGCCAGGGGUCCGGCUAUACGCUCAAGACUUACGAGCCUAAGGGCACGGGAUAUAGAAUUGGUGCGCUUGCGUGCUGGGAGCAUACCAUGAAUGGAGCUCGACAAGCCCUUAUCGACCAGGGAGAGCACAUCCACGUUGGUUGUUGGCCGGCUCUCGAUAUUCUCAAAGGCUUCGAGGAUGUCGCAUGUUCGCAAAUUGAGGCGUUGAUGAAGGCGCACGCGUUGACCGCGCAGGUAUUCGUGCUUUGCCCAAGCAGCUAUGUUGACGAUACAUGUCUUCGGUGGAUGGAGCAGAAUCUAGGUCCUCAGGACAAGGUGAAGGCUGGAGGUGGUUGGACUGCUAUCAUUCACCCCUUUUGCCCAGUUAUCGGAGGGCCAUUUAGGGGCCCGGUUGACACAAUCGUUACUGCAGAGAUUGACCUAUCUCAGUUAAGCAUGGUGAAGGUGUAUGUGGAUGGAGCGGGCCAUUAUAAGCGUCCGGAGCUCUUCAGGUUUGAGGUCAACACGGAACGAAGAUGGGGAGACGAAACAGAUAUCGUCGGUCCUAUACCGUGGAAUGCGUCAUAACCAUAUUUCAUUGAGAAUGUUCUUACGGCUUUAGAUUGUUAUAUGUGGUUGGCGCUAGGUACCUAGUAUAAUAGUAUAAACUAGAAGGGGACCAAUUAUCAUUAGCCUGCGGUCCACCUCGACGAGAGGGUUGGAGUUAAGGGUUUAAGAUAACAAACGCUCCGAUCACUAAUUUAUGAGUCAAUCUAGAGCUUCAUUAUUUUCCGCGAUCGGUCGGGUAUAGUAGCGUAUUGAAGGCUUAUGAUGCGGACUACGGCGACAUUCCCUCUAGCGUCAGGGAACUUUGUUUACCUUAGG